AUGAACUUGCAUGAGCCUACUCAAGACGACGACUUGGAGGUGAACGUCCAAAUCACCACAGCCUCCUCGAGGGGAUUCGCCUGCACUCGCGCCGUUCUUCACGCCGCCCUGGCCAGCCUUUCGUUGGCAUACAGUGCGGUGCUUUGGCAUGUACCCGACGCCUUGUAUAGACUUGGUUCUUUCGGUGCCUACUGGGGCACGGAAGAAGAAUGGGACCAGAUGAUCAACGUUACUCGUUUUCUGUCUCAACUCGGCUUGGUUUACCUCUGCUUCGGAUACCUAGAAGCGAGUUGUUGUCAAAACACGGACAAGUCUCCACUUCUACACAGAGUGGGGGUCUGUCUUGUCUUUGAGGGCUUGUUAGCCGCUCUCUGGAUCGACGAGUUUUACAUCCACGCGGACAAGAUGGCUGCUCUGGCUCGUUACGACAACAGCUGGAUUACCUACACCCUAGUUAUCACUGCUCUUUCUAUUUGCACCGCUUGGACCAUCUCGACGGCUCACCUCCUGGUCCCCUUUGUACACCGGUUAUCGUUACCUGACGAGAUGCCCGUGCUAACCUUACUCGGCCGAGGCGUCGAGGAUUACCCUUGGCCUGUAGAGAAAGCUCGAAUCCGACUGAUCGGCGAUGAGUUAGAGAUCACCUUUGGUGUGGAGGAAGAAGUUGUGGACCUCGAUCGAACCGGUCCGAUCAUCACGGAAGAAAAAGGGGAUCUCGUAUCUUAUGAUCUUGUUUGA